AUGGAGACUGUUUUGCGCAACACCGACGUCAACGCGUUCGCUGCGCUGACCCAAGGGCGAUUCGAGGCCUACUUUACACAGCCGAUCGCCGACACGGGUCACGACGGAGCAGAGUGGGUCGCCGCCCUCUACGCCCACAAGCGCAUGUCUGCGGCCGACGAGGUGGCGCUCUGGGCCGCGCACGGCUGUCGUCGGUUCGUGCUGCAGUACGGCAACCGCGACCGCACGGGACUCCUCGAGACGAUUCGCUUGCGCAACGUCUUCAACGUCGAGUACGCGUACCCGAUCAAGGCGAUCGAGAAGGUGUCGCCGACGCUCUACUGGACGACGAGCAACUUGUACGGCCUCUUGUACGACGACUUGUACGCGCUAAAGCCCAACAUGAGCUUCAUUCGAAGCACGCCGACCUUUUGGGCCGACGACAACCCGAGUUUGAUCGAGACGUACAACAACGGCAGUCCUCUCAGCGCGUUGGCCGCCGCGCUGCACGCGCAGGUCGGUCUCCUCGGGGCCAUCGACGCCGUCUGGGUUCCACCACCGGCCGCACUCGUGGCUGCCGUGCGUCAGCUCCAGAGCGCUGUCACUGCAGGCGCGCAAGUCAACCCUGCGCUUCAACGCUUUCUUCUAGCCGGCGACAAUGCUAUGGUCUUGACGCCGACACCACGGCAAUGGCAAGACCCGUCGCUGCGUUUUGCGGGCGGGAACCUGCUCUGCCUCACGGGGGCGCGCCAGACGUACGUGCAGGAGGCCAUUGGCUACGACGAUGCGUGCAGCACGCAGAUGCCGCUGGCAGUGCCGUGGGACCCGCUGCGGAGCCUCUUCGCCGUCGCCUUUACGAACGGCACAUGGACCGGCGCCAUUUGUGCCCAGUGUCCCAGCGCGCAAGCAAUGGCCUGCAACGCAGCCUUGGGACGCACCCACGCCGCAGCACAGACGCUGUCGCUCGGCAACAUGACGAUAUCGUCGCUGCCACCGAUUGCGCUGACGCAAUACGUGUUUACUUCGGCGAACGCCACUGGCGCGCCGCAGAUCCAGCUGCAGCAGAUUCUCGACCCGUCCUGGUCCUUCUUCGGCGCCAUGAUGCUCUACGACUGGGCAACCAACGCGCGCGAGGUGCUCUCGCUCCAAGGAGACGUGCAGAAGAUCGUCGCCAUCUCCAAGGCGUAUACGCCUAUACCCCCGACGUUCACGCCACCGUCUGCGAUGCUGGGCACAUACCUGUGCGUCCUCUCGUCGACAGUGAGUCUCUGGCUCGUUUUACUUGGCGUGAUGGUCCUAAUCCUGCGUCGUCGACGCCACCGCGCCCGCGACCUCUUCUUCUUCAACCGCAUCACGAGCGCUGUAUGGGUGACGCGCGUUGCAGUCAUUAUUCGAGGCGCGACGGCAGUGGCAAUCUUGGCCACGAGCGAGCUCACAGCGGCGCCCAAGCCGGCACUGAGCUACCUUAGCAUCCUGUCGCGGUCCCCGCUUGCUUCAUGUCUCCUCGCGAAUGAGGCCAACUGGCUUCUCUACGUUGUGCAUGAGCUCAUCGCGCCCAUCUGUCGCCCUGGCGCGCUCAAGCGGGUGGCGCCACUCGCAACACUUCUCUGUGGCGUCUGUAUAGCUCUCUUGGACGUCUUGUCGCCAGUUCAAGUCUCGGCGACGCUAUAUCGCAGCUGCCACACUGUGAACAUGGAUCAAAUGGUGUACUGCAAUAGCGGCUCGGUGGAUAUCGGGAGCUGGUAUCGAGCGCUGUGGAUCGCAAUCAUCGUACUCGUCGCCGGUCUCGGGACGAUGGUCGCAGCAGCUCUGCAGCCGCCGCAGCCGGCUAGGAAACUGAUCGAGGUCUCGCCGUACCUUUCGUGGGCAGCACUUACCUUCUUGGAGGACACGACCGUGCUAGAUGACGCCGUCUUGGCUAUGAGUGGGAUCUUUCGUACGUCGGAGCAAAGGCUCUUUGAUAGCAAGCUCUGGCUCUUUGUACAGAGACCGACGCCCAACUCGCCAACGUCGAUGCUGCUCCAAGAUGCGCUGCCGCCGGCGCCAGAACCAGUGGACAAGCGCAGCCGACGACUCUUCCAUCGCAGCCUUGCGCUCGGAGGCAUCGUGUACCUCGCGUUUACUCUCUCUAACAACAUUGCCUACUUGGGUGUCCUCGCGACCGGGCUCUCCAACGACUUUGGCUGGUCCGGCUUCAACACGUCAGGCAUGCACGUCUACCUCGCCAAGCGCGUCAACUUUGAGCUUCUCCUCGCGUCCAAGACUACUCUCUUGCUCGACAGUCCGUCGCUCGGGGACGUGGGCGCCAACUACAGCGGCACAAACACUAACGUGCUUUGGCCUCCAACGCUGGCGCGGCGCGAGCUCUUCCGGCCCGAUGCUGCUUUGGAGGGUGUCAUCGCGGGUCUUCGCUCGAUGAACCCGUGCAACCUGCCGUGGAUGUUUACGCAAUACUGCUUUGUCGACUUUGACCGGCGGUGGUCGAUGGCUGCGACGGCGGCGCGUCACGUGCGCUGCAGCACAAGAUACAAACCGAACGGCGCUGUGUACUUGGAGGCGCCGCUGCGCAAUCUUGGCGACUGGGACGCGUGGCACCGCUGCUGGGGAGACUCGUUCGACAUCGGCCUUGCUUCGCACCUGCAAGAGUCUGAGGCGGGUCGGCGCUGGCUAGCAUCGGUUGCCACCGGCGGCGUCGCAAUACCGGAUGAAGUGGUCUACUGGCACGCGCACGGUAUCGACAGCUUCGUUCUGCAGUGGCAAAACUUCAAACUCACGGGCUUUCAAGACGCGAUGGUGCUGGCGACGGCGCUCGGCACUGCGUAUUCGCUGCCACUCACGACGUUCACCGGGUCGUUCCGCUUGGACAUGCAAACGUCCAUGCACUUGUACUGGGCGCCCGCGAACGACUUUUGGGCUAUCGCAAGCAACGCGUCCGGCGUUGGCGGAAGCAGUCUCGUUCGCACGUCGGCCAACUUUAUGUAUGCCAACACGACACCGGACGCCGUCUUGCGCUCCAACGGCUCGCUCGCGUCGCCGCUGCCCGCCGGCCUCGCCCCCGUCGUCACCGCUCUCGGGCCGUUCGGCGCCAUUGAUACCAACUACGUCCCGUGUCCGGCGUCGCUCAUCACGUACCUCGGCACCUUCUCGCAUACGCUUUCAAUGCUGCUGUUUACAGACCCCCACGCAGCACUGAAGUAUUCGCAGCUGCCAAUCAAGUCGUUCCUUGGGCCUAUGCCGCAUCGCCUCUUGCACCAAACCGACGUCAACAUUGUCGGCGGCGACCUGCUGUGCGGCGGUGUCGUCGCCGGCGCCCAGCCCUCGCUCGGCCUCUUCAUGUCGUUUGGCGUCAACAACCUCUGCAACUGGUGGUACAGCGAGGCGAUGUCGCCAACGGCCGCCCAGCUGCUCUUUGCACUGCUCGCGUUUGACGUCAACGCCAACCUCGUCGACGCCGAUGACUUUUGCAGCCAAGACGUGUUUGUCGAAGCCACGUGCGCGGGUCUCUACGUGGCGCACAUCCACUUUCUCAGUACGUACAACUUGACGACAUUCCAGUCGCUCGCGGCAACGACGAUCGCCGUCCGCGCGGACGUCCGAGCCAUCGGUGUUGGCCUCGUGCAGUUUUUGCAGCCAAUCAAUGGAACGACGGAGCAGACGCUGUACGAAGCGCACCUCUUGGACGACGACGACCGCAACUGGAGCUUCUAUAGCUGGUGUUUUCUCUACGAGUGGGCGAUCGGGCUUCGCGAAGUCGUCGCGUUCGAAGGAGAUUUUGGCACGCUCCCGCUCCUCUCGAGCGCCAUCUACCCCGCCACAGUGACACUCGACCCGUCCCAAGUGCCCACGCAGAUUGCAUAUCUCUUCCAUGCGUGCGCCACGUACGUCACGUACGUCUUCAUCGUGCUGUCAGGCGUCCUCAGCGUCUACAGCCUCGCGUGUCGCGGCCGUAUCGAGGGCUGGAGCCUCUUUGACAUCAACCGGCUCGUGGGGCACGUGUGGGUGGGGCGUCCGCUCUUGGUUCUCCGGUCCAUCACGGCCAUGUGGCUUCUCAACACGACGCCAUUGACCCUGACCCUGACGCCUCACGCAGGCACGCGCCUCGCGUCGCCGCCGCUGCCAUGGUACACGACGCUCCUCGCGGCCUCGGAGCUCACGUGGCUUGUCUACAUCGUCAACGACCUUUUGAGCUGCUUCUUGCACCAGCGCACGCCCCACUACGCGACGCACAGCUCGUUCUUGACGUACGUCUGCGCCGUCGUCUUUACGUUAGCGUGGCCGCAAGGCUACGUCGCGACGCUCCGCCGGACGUGCGUCUACGUCGAUAUGGACGCGGCGCUCUCGUGCUCGAGCGCAACCAUCGAUAUUGGCAACGUCGUGCGCAUCGCUGCAGACGGCGCGUUGGUGCUCUGUUGCGUCGGCCUCGCCGGACGGUACGAGUGCUGGGCGCACCGGCACCGGCACAAGAUCGUGCUGCCGACUGCGCUCUUGAGCUCGGUAGGCUACUACAUGCUAUACCUCGAGCACUGGUGCGUCAACGGCGGCGUAUACGUCGACCAAGCGUCGGCCGCCAUGGCGGGCCUCCUCACGGUCUACUGGCAAGAGUCGCUCUACAUCUUUGACAUCAAGCUGUGGCGGCUUCAUCGCAAGCCGAGCUACCGCGGCGAGCUCGACCUCCUCACACAGCGACGCUUCCACUACGCGAUUCCGCUGGACGACCUCGCGGUCAUGGCGCCGUAGGUGGACAGGCGUAAUAGCUAACGAUUGUAU